AUGGGCACAAAAGCUGACGAGUUCGACGAUGCGAUGCGUAACGUCCUAGUGCGGAACACCCCCAUGGUUCUGCGCGCCUUUGUUGCCGAAAUUGGUUACGCAACCCGUGUGACCAUUGGCGACAACUUGCCUACUUGGACCAAAAUCACACCCAAGGCCGCCAUGGCACGCAUGGCAACUGUGCUCUCUGGCCGCUCGUUCGUCGGCCUCCCGUUAAGUCGAGAUGAAGAGUGGAUCGACGCAACGGUCGGCUUCACCGGCGAUGUAUCAAGGGCUUGGAUGAAGGUGCGGUUCAUCCCUCAUCCACUUCGCCCCUUCGUUGCCCCUUUCUUUUCCGAAGUGAGGUCACUUGAGGCGCGAAAGGCCUUGAUCACUCGAAAGCUAGGUGUCCUGCUCCGAGAACGGGAAAAGAAGCGUGAUAGAGAUGGACCAGCCGGUAGCGGAGCAGCUGGAGGCGAGCUCCUGGACUGGCUCAGAGACCAGUACUCCUCAGGGCAGCCCUCAGUGAAGGAGUUGACCCGUAACCAGCUACUGGCUACGUUCGCCUCCAUAUACAAUUUGACCAACGCGUUGACUUACAUGGUCUUCGAUUUGGCUUCACAUCCGGAAUUCGUCGAGGAACUUCGCGCAGAGUUGCACGACGUUCUUGGUCAGGACGGCGUUAUUGAUAAAAGGACCAUUAUGCACCUACGGAAGCUUGAUAGCUUCGUGCGCGAGUCACAACGCCGAAGGCCUACGUCACUUGGUUUGAGAUUGACCACCGGCCACACGAUCCCGCCAGGCUUCUUGGUCAUGGUGCGUGCUCAGCCAAUCAACUUGUCACCAAAGUUGUAUCCGGAGCCUGAGAAGUUCGACGCCUUUAGGUUCUCAAGAAUGCGCGAGCAGCCCGGCCAAGAGAUGAAGUUUCAGCACACGUCGACCGGGAACGACAAUAUCAACUUCGGUCACGGUAUUUGGGCGUGCCCGGGUCGUUUUUUCGCUAGUGCUCAGAUGAAGGUCGUCGCAGCGCAUCUCAUCCGCAAUUUUGACAUGCGCCUAACUCCAGGGGAGAAGAAGCCCGUUCCUCAGUACGGCGGCCUUGCCAUCUUCCCUGACGCGGUGGCUCAGGUCGAGCUGCGCUCCCGAACACCAUAA